AUGGAGGUGUACAAACCCCUCUUAUGUUUUAAACAUCGACCCUGGCGUGGCACAAGCUCCUAUGAUCUCAUUACGUCAUCUCUUUAUGCACAAAUUGAUAUGCAGCCGGCGAGAUUGGAGACUAGGAUGUCAUGGAUGCUCAUGGAUAAGGUACAGAUAGAAAGAGAACUGCCAAAUCAACCUCUAGAGAUGGCAAUUGAUAAUAGGACAGUACUUGGUGGGGACGCGAGAGGAGUGAUUCGUCCUGCACGAGUUCGACCGUCACCUCUGACGAA